AUGGAUGUUGUUCAUGCAGGUACACAAAGUGAUGUACAUCAAGGAGGUGCAGAGACUUCAGCCAACAGGCAGGAAAAUGCUGAUGAGGGAAUUUCCAGACCAGACAGAAGGUCUACAAGGCAAGUUAAGGAGCCAAUAUGGAUGAAAGAUUGUGUCACAACAAAGAAGACAACCAGCUGCAAUUAUUCUAUUUCCAACUACCUGACUUAUGAUCAUACUAGUAAAAGCUACAAAUGCUACUUGGCUAGGUUCUCUCAACUAACAGAACCACUGACAUUUAAGGAAGCAGUGAAAGACAGCUGGUGGAUAGAAGCUAUGAAGCAAGAAAUCAAGUUCAAGGCAAAUGGAGAAGUUGAAAGAUUUAAGGCAAGAUUAGUAGCAAAAGGAUACAACCAAAGGGAAGGUUUGGAUUAUCAUGACACAUUCUCACCAGUGGCAAAGAUGGUCACAGUGAGAUCUGUCAUUUCACUAGCAGCAUCAAUAGGUUGGAACCUAUUUCAGAUGGAGGUCUAUAAUGCAUUCUUGCAGGGAGAUCUAAAUGAAGAAGUGUACAUGGAACUGCCUGAGGGGUUCAGAAGACAAGGGGAGCAGAAGGUGUGCAAAUUGCUCAACUCCUUGUAUGGACUUAAGCAGGCCUCUCGACAGUUGAAUAUCAAGCUGACUGAAGCAUUACUUAGAGAAGUCAAGAAGGAAUAG